AUGAGUGGCCAUCUUUUGUGAUAGAUAAUUGUGACGAAUAACUAACAAACGAGACUGCAGCAAACAGAGUGUCAUCUACUACUUUCAGUAGUAACCAUAACCAUGUCCAUAAGCAUCCACAAUCUUCCUCGCUCUUCUGCUGAAAACUAGUCAUAUAUGCCUCUGAUUUAGGUAUUCUGAGAAUCAGAGUUUCUGGAAAUAGAUUAUUCCGCAAGAAUGGAAAUAAGUGUUCGGGAGCGGGAUCUAUAUCGUGUUCGGCUGGCGCUAGGAAUGAUGAUUUUCUUCCUUCCAUUAAUCAAUUAAGCGAUGCACGCCUCAUUUAUUCCGUUGCUUCAUCCAUGGGCCAUAACCAGGAGUCUCAUCCAGAAUCACAUUUUAGAGUUCCUGCAAUUGUCGAUGCCCUACAAGAAAUGCACCUCACUUCAAAGUUUCGUGGCUCUGAGGUAAUUGAACUUCAAAAUUUCGAGCCAGCUUCAGUAGAUGACAUUGCAAGUGUGCAUGCAAGAGCUUAUGUUUCUGGCCUUGAAAAGGCUAUGGAUCAAGCAUCCGAGAAGGGUCUAAUUUUCAUUGAUAGUUCUGGACCAACCUAUGCUACUGCUACUACCUACCGGGAGUCAAUUGUUGCUGCUGGUGCUGGAUUAGCCUUAGUUGACUCAGUGGUUGCAGCUUCAAAGAUAAGUAGAGAUCCACCUACUGGUUUUGCUUUGAUAAGACCACCGGGACACCAUGCUGUUCCACAAGGACCAAUGGGCUUCUGUGUUUUUGGAAAUGUGGCCAUUGCAGCUCGUUAUGCCCAGCGUGUUCAUGGACUAAAGCGCGUCUUCAUAAUUGACUUUGAUGUUCACCAUGGAAAUGGAACAAAUGAUGCUUUCUAUGAUGAUCCAGAUAUAUUUUUCCUUUCAAUUCAUCAAGAUGGAAGCUACCCAGGUACUGGUAAAUUUGACGAAGUUGGCAGCGGAGCUGGUGAAGGAACCACUCUAAAUUUGCCUCUUCCUGGAGGAUCAGGUGAUACUACUAUGAGAACAGUGUUUGAUGAAGUCAUUGUACCUUGUGCUCAAAGAUUUAAGCCAGAUAUAAUCCUUGUUUCUGCUGGAUAUGACGGGCACGUAUUGGAUCCACUAGCCAACCUUCAAUACACAACUGGAACAUAUUACACGCUUGCUUCCAACAUUAAACAACUAUCAAAAGAGUUAUGUGGAGGCAGAUGCGUGUUCUUCUUAGAAGGAGGAUACAACUUAAAGUCUCUUUCAUACUCAGUGGCAGACACAUUCCGUGCUCUUCUCGGUGACCCAAGCUUGGCAUCGGAGUUUGAUGACCCCAAUAUUUUAUAUGAAGAGCCAUCAACAAAGGUUAAGCAAGCUAUUCAGAGGAUUAAAUCCAUUCAUUCCCUGUGACCGUGAAUGAAUGAUGUUGAAAAUUUGGAACCUGACAUGACAUCUUGUUUGUAUUUAAUUCUUCAUUUUCUGUGGGCUCCAUACAUAAAAACUUUAUGUCUAAACAACAUUAUACUUAUCACAUUACGUGGAGCUAAGCCACUGUAUCAGAUUAUUGCCCCUUUUGGUGAAACAACGGCAUUGGUUUAUGAGCUGCUAUGCAUCCCUUUUAAUAUAACAGUUCUAACUAGGUAUCCUUUUAAAGUA